AUGGAUAACCUGAGUAGAGACGACGCGUUCCUGAACAGCUUGUACUUUAAUACGAUGUCACAGCGAUACGACACCAUUAUAGAAGCACAUGAGGAGACGUACGAUUGGAUCUUCGCGCCGGAAGCUUACCCGGAAAGAGAUGCCCGUUCACAAAUCGAGUUCCGGCAAUGGCUUGAGAAUGGAACAGAUGUUUAUUGGAUUUCAGGAAAACCGGGCUCUGGAAAAUCGACCCUGAUGAAGUUUCUUGCUACAUGCAAACACACUCGAAGGUAUCUCAGACGAUGGGCUGGGAAUUCCCAUCUCAUCUCCGCCGCAUUCUACUUCUGGAUAGCUGGGGGUGACAUGCAACGAUCUCAACUCGGACUGUUACGACAGCUCCUCUUUGAGACCUUGAACGCACGUCCAAGUCUCAUCGGGGUUCUUCACUCGCAGGCGCAAGCCCGAUUGAUGAAAACCUUUACUUCAUCUAAAUGGCGGGUAGAAUCCGACACUUUGAUUCCCUCUCAUUGGACACUGGAGUCUUUGAUCCAGGCGCUCACUGACCUCGGGCGGGAAACAUCUGAUCAAAAGAUCUGCUAUUUCAUCGAUGGGCUAGACGAAUAUGAUAAAGACCACUUGGACCUGAUCGCUACGAUCGAAACACUGUGCAAGAUACCAAAUGUCAAAGUCUGUGUUUCGAGUAGACGCUGGCCGGCUUUUGAGAACGCUUAUGGAUCAAAACCUGGAUGUAAGCUUUACUUGGAAGACCUCACCUAUCAUGACAUUUUCCGUUUCGCCCGAGAUAAACUGGCGAGCGUACCCCAAUUCGAUGAUGCCGAAGACGACUUGGAUGUGGACCAGCUCGCCGAAGAGAUCGCUGUCAGAUCAGAGGGCGUCUUCCUGUGGGUUUUCUUGGUGAUACGUUCCUUGCGUGAUGGAAUUACUAACGGAGAUGACGCGGGAAUGCUCCAGAAACGACUUGAUCAACUACCUACCGAUCUGGAACCAUUCUUCGAGAGGAUCUUGCGUUCUGUUGAUACGAUGUAU